CUUUCACUGGAUUUAUUUUUCGACAUGUGUAUUUUUGCACUCCGUGUGUUUUUGGGGGCGCUCCUCUGUGCACUGUACCGGUGCUCGGAGUGUCCUUCUGGCUGUGAAUGCUUCACUGUCACACGCACGGUGAAAUGUGUUUCCAAGGAUCUGCUCUCUGUGCCAGAACGUAUUGCAGGAUAUGCAAGGACUGUCGUUAUCACUGGAAAUAAUAUUCGCCAGAUUGGACCCGAUUCCUUUCCAGAACUAGAGAAUCUUACCAACAUCAUUUUAAGCAAUAAUAGGGUCACAGAGAUGGCGUCCCACAGUUUCUUCACCCUCAUCAACCUACGUUUCCUGGACCUUAGUGGCAACCAGCUGGCUCUCAUCCAUCCUGAGGCUCUCAGCAUUCCUGGCAGCCCCCUGCAGGAGCUCAACCUGAGCCGCUCGCUCUACAACUUCACAGCCCUGAUGGACCUUACAACGGCGCUGCGCUGGGGCAGCCUUGGGAGCCUGCUUCGGCUCGACCUUUCUGGAAACCAGCUGGCGUUGCUUCCCCCUGGGAUGUUCUCCCACCUUCCCAAUCUGAAGCAACUUUUCCUUGCUAAUAACUCUCUGAUGGCCGUGUACAGUGGCACUUUUUCGGGUAUGAACCACCUCGAGGUGUUGGACUUGACCUUCAAUACUUUCAGGACAUUCAGACCUGAUGCCCUCCAAGAGUUCGGUAGGCUCGGACACAUCCGCAUCCUUCUUGGCGACAACCCUUAUACCUGCUCUUGUGAGAUCCAUAGCUUCAUGAGCUGGCUGAACGAAACGAGGGCUCAGGUAGAUGUGGACAGCAUAAGGUGUGCAUCUCCAAGUGGGUUAAUUGAUACUCCAUUGCGAGGGCUUGGGCUACAAGCAAUUGGCUGCGUUGUUCCGGUCCAAGAAGAGAUGACGGACCUCACCCUGCAGACAUCCUAUGUCUUCUUAGGGCUAGUGCUUGGAUUUGUUGGCAUGGUCUUUCUCUUAGUGGUCUACCUAAAUCGUAAAGGUUUGAAGAAGUGGAUCAUUGAAAUGCGAGAUGCAUGUCGAGACAUUCUAGAUGGAUAUCAUUACCGCUAUGAAAUGGACUCUGACCCCCGGCUUGGCCACUCUUCAGCACACAGUAGUGGCAGUGUGGUACAAGGACACCUUGGAUUGCCUCCAUCUCAGCAGCUGGCACAGGAUACUUGUAUUCUUCAGAUUCCCACAACGGACACACAAGUCAAACAAGUGACGACCACCACACCUGUAAGCCGAUGAUCCCAUGACUUACUGAAUUUACCA